UUGUACUGCGAAAGCGGUACCUCCAAGACGCGUCGCGAUCAUCUCGCGCCACUUGUGUGUGUUUCAAGUGCAAGAUCAAGCUUUCGGAACAUUGCCACCAAAAAAUAAAGGAUGCGUUUGCUCCACAGGCGGCACAUUAUGUCGCCGCUGAUCCUCUUCAUAUUUAUCACAUCCUUUAGCAACGCACUCAGCAGACAUCGCAUUCGGCACCACCGAGACAGGUUCAAACGGCAGCAAGGGGCCCACUUGUACUUAGCUGGUAGUUACGUCUUUGAAGGGGGCGAGAGGCCCGACAUCGGUCCUUGGACCGACUGGUCCUCCCCGAGCCCGUGCUCCAGGUCGUGUGGCGGAGGCGUUUCCACCCAGACCAGGCAGUGCACACCGGGAUACUCCUGCCAGGGGCCCUCUUCCAGACAUUUCUCCUGCAACACGCAGGAUUGUCCGGAUAUUGGAGAUUUCAGGGCGCAGCAAUGCUCGGAAUUCGAUAGUGUCCCUUUUAAUAGGGUACUUUACCAAUGGAUUCCGUACACGAAAGCGCCCAAUCCGUGUGAACUCAACUGCAUGCCCAGAGGUGAGAGGUUCUACUACAGACACAGGAACCAAGUCAUCGAUGGUACCAGAUGCAACGACGAAACGCCCGAUGUUUGCAUCAACGGGAAAUGCCAACCAGUGGGGUGCGACAUGAUGCUGGGCUCGGACGUUCGAGAGGACAAGUGUAGAGUCUGUGGGGGCGAUGGGAACACUUGUAGAACAGUGAGCGAUCGAUUUGAAAAUCAAGACCUUCAAGUGGGAUACAACGACAUUCUUUUAAUACCAGCGGGAGCUACCAAUAUCUUGGUAGAAGAGGUCGCACCCUCGAAUAAUUAUCUAGCAGUACGGAACACUUCAGGCCACUAUUACUUGAACGGUAACUGGAGGAUCGAUUUUCCGAGGACCAUGGAGUUUGCAGGGUGCAAAUUCCACUACAAUCGGGACCCGCAAGGGUUCUCGGCCCCCGAUAAAAUCACCUGCUUGGGGCCCAUAGACGAAGCUCUCUUCAUUGUCAUGUUGUUCCAAGACCACAACGUCGGGGUAUUUUACGAAUACAGCCUCCCAACUAACAUUCAGCCAGGCUACGAGACCGAAACUUACGCUUGGACUUUCGACCAAUUUACUCCCUGCACCCAAACGUGUGGCGGAGGCGUACAAUACAGAAAUGUGACUUGUGCCGGCCGCCGAACUUUAGAACCGGCAGAUCGUACUCUGUGUGAUGCGAACAACGAACCACCAUCAUCACAGAAGUGUGCGGAAGUACCGUGUGAGGCUCAGUGGGUACCAUACCCUUGGGGUAACUGUUCGGCACCCUGUGGCGAGGGUGGUGUCCAAACUAGAGAAAUCGCUUGCCAACAAAUUAUUUCAAACGGUUAUCCUUCUUUGGUUGAUGAGUCUGAAUGUGCCCGACUUCCCAAACCACCGCAACAGCAAGAAUGUAACAAAGGACGGGUUUGUGCCAAGUGGCAUUUGGGACCUUGGAAGCCGUGUGACCACUUGUGUGGUGACGGCAAAGAAACCCGGCAAGUCAAGUGCUAUCGGAAGGACGGUUCAAAUAUUGAAAUUAUGGACGAUUCCGAGUGCAUCCCAGUCGAACCUAAACCCGAAACAGAACGAAAGUGCAAUUUGAGACCUUGUGAAGGCGUCGACUGGAUAACGUCAAUGUGGAGCGGGUGUGAAAAAUGUGGAUUGACCAACGAAACGCGCAAAGUCCAGUGCGCUACUGCCGCCGGUGUUGUAUACCCGGACAACCUUUGCGACGCUGACCAAAAGCCGGAAACUGUGCGGCAGUGCAAUGCCACGAAACCACCCACCUGCGAGUACAACUGGUACGCUUCGCAAUGGAGUGAGUGUUCUGCUCAAUGUGGACAAGGCGUCCAAACUCGUAGCCUAUUCUGCGGCCUUGUUGGAGAAGACGGGAGUGUGAAGAAAGUGGAAAAUGAAAAAUGUGAUCAAAACAAGACGUACGAAUUGAUUAGAAAUUGCACUGGAGAGGUUGAGAAAUGUGAAGGGGAGUGGUAUAGCGGGCCGUGGACGCAGUGCUCCAAGCCAUGUGGUGGUGGCCAAAGAACCAAGAAAGUUGUUUGUUUGAAGGAUCUUCAAGUGGUUGAUGUGUCCGCAUGUGGGUCUGAGACAAUUAUUUUCAGCGAAGAGGAUUGUAACACGCAGCCUUGUUCUGAAGAUACGAUUUUGCCUACUGAUGUUACUAAAUCUAUCGACGAGUCGUCUGAGCCAACGGAGGAGACUCCCGUAACAGAAGAAACGUCAAUCACUGACGAAACUUCUAUCACUGAAGAAGAUAAGCCGACGACUCAGGACGAUGAGUAUGAAAUAGUUCCGGAUGACGAGUGUGAGGAUGGUGUUUGGGUGGAUGAAGAAGGCCGUCCGGAAGAUUUGAAAGAAGGAGUCACUGAACCAAUGGGUGAAGAUAAAUUAGGUUCAAGUACCGAUUCAAGUGUGACCGGAUGGUCGAAAGAAACUGAUUUAUCGGCGGAUGAUUUAAUGUUAAGCGAUGCUCCAUCGUCACCUAUCGGGAGUGAAGGUACCACUGUUUCUGGUUCAGGAGACGAAGAACUUACGAGCGAACCAAGUAGUUCUGGUGGUUCCACUAUAUCAAUGGAAACUACCAUGGAAGGUUCCGGUGAUACAGGCUCACCAACAUCACUAUUUGAAACUGAUACUCCUAUUGAAACUGACAGUGGAUCCAGCGAUGAAACUGAAGCUACUACAGUUGAUAGCACUGACAGUAGCAAAAGUACUGACGAAAGUACGGACUCUUCGGGAGUUACGGAUUCUUCCGAUGCUAGUUCAGAUGUUACAACAGCUUCAUCAGAUCAAACGGGUGGUUCUUCCGACGCGCCUAAAUCAUCCGACAUGACGACGGAAUCGUCAGAUUCGGCAACAAAAUCGUCAGAUAUGACUAGUGAAAUUUUCAGUAGUGACUCUUCGUCAGAAAGUACUGAAACUACUAACCCUACUCAGAGUACUGAUCCUACGGAUAGUACCAUGAGUACUGAUUCUCCUGACACUACAGACAGUACGGAUUCUGCUUCAACUCAAAGCUCCGAUUCAAGCGAAUCCUCCCCGAUUGACAGCACCUCAAGCGUUGACCUUUCAUCAGUGACUGAAAGUGGUGCCACUACUGAAGGCGGCAGUUCGGAAGCAACAACUAUUGGCUCGUCAUUGUCUCCAGAACCAAGCGAAACCUUCCUUGGUGAAUCAGAUAUUGGAGCUGACAAACCCACGACGAAGUCCAGUGAUGCUAGUACUACAGAAAGCGGUGCCACUGAUGUUACCGAAAGCGGAAUGACAGAUACGACAGUAGAAUCAACUGAAUCGUCAACUGAAUCAGCGGGAAGCACGGAACCUUCUGGCAUGUCGUCGGAAUCAGGUGCUACUGAAACCACAACUGAAUUCACCGGAAGCACAGAAUCACCUGGAAGUACCGAAUCGACAGAAUAUACAGAAACCACACCAACCGAUUACGACAUUUGGACUUCAACAACAGAAAGUGGCCCCACGGAAGAAACCAGCACCGAUGUUUGGAGCACUACCCCCAUAACCGACAUAUUCGAAACGCUAAAACCACGAAUGUGCAAGAGAAAGAAGCAGAAAGACUGCAAAAAGACAAUGUUCGGCUGUUGCUGGGACAAAAUUACUCCAGCCGAAGGACCAUUCGAUAAAGGCUGCCCGACCCCGAAAACAUGCAAGGAGUCUAAAUUCGGUUGUUGCGAAGACGGUGUUUCACCCGCUCUGGGCCGGAAAUUCAAAGGAUGUCCUUCAACACACUGCAACGAAACCCUGUUUGGUUGUUGCCCCGAUAAGAAAACGCCAGCUGAAGGGAACAAUAAAGAAGGUUGUCCACCACCGCCCCCAGCCUGUCUCAAAUCGAGAUACGGAUGCUGCGAGGACAACGUCACUGUAGCCAAAGGCCCCAAACACAAAGGUUGCAAAGAGGAAAAAGUUUCAACGACGACGGCAGCGCCAGGAACGAAUUGCAACACGACUAAGUGGGGUUGCUGCCCAGAUGGGGUACAACCCGCCCAAGGGGAACAAUUCAAAGGGUGCAACAUCACAAACUGCACUGAAUCAUACUUCAAGUGUUGUCCCGAUGGUGUUACUCCCGCCCAAGGCCCGAAUUACAAAGGUUGUAAGACACCAUGUGCCGAGAAAGACUUCGGGUGUUGUCCUGACGGUGUUACACCGGCGCACGGACCUAGCGGUGAAGGGUGUUGUCUGGCAAGUCCGUUCGGUUGUUGUCCUGAUAAUAUUUUACCAGCAAGGGGACCAAAUCUGGAAGGGUGUGGGUGCCAAUAUUCCCCCUACAGGUGUUGUCCUGAUAACGUCACUGCAGCUAGAGGCCACAACAAUGAGGGUUGUGGAUGCCAGUACACCGAACAUGGGUGUUGUCCUGAUGAGUACACCCCAGCAGCUGGCCCUGAGUACCAAGGCUGUCUGUGUCACACCUUCCAAUUCGGAUGUUGUCCCGAUGGUGUCACUGUGGCCAAAGGACCGCACCAGCAAGGCUGUGGCUGCAGAAAUACAGAAUUUGGAUGCUGUUCAGACGACAGUACCCCGGCCCAAGGCCCCAACUACGCAGGCUGUGGGUGCGCUUCAAGCAAAUACGGCUGUUGUCUCGACGGCACAACUGAAGCACUUGGGGACAACUACGAAGGUUGUCCCGAAAUUCCCCAAAAUCUUCAAGAAAGUUGUACCCAACCGAAGGAGCGCGGAACUUGUCGCAACUACACCGUCAAAUGGUUCUUCGACAUGGACUACGGUGGUUGUUCCCGAUUCUGGUACGGUGGAUGUGAUGGUAAUAACAACCGUUUCAAAUCGAAAGAAGAAUGUGACAAUACUUGUGUCAAACCGGAAGGCAUCGAUAGAUGCAAACUUCCCAAAAUACCGGGCCCGUGUGAGGGGUACUACCCUCAAUGGUUCUACGAUACGGAGAGGAAACACUGCGCUCAGUUUAUCUAUGGAGGUUGUUUGGGCAAUAAUAACAGAUUUGAGACACGAGAAGAGUGCAUUUCGCUUUGCGUGAAAGACGAUAGUGUCGACGCUUGUGAGCAAGAAAAGGAUGAAGGACCGUGCAAAGGCAACUAUUUAAGAUGGUACUAUGACAAGAGCAGUAAAACCUGUCAACAGUUUAUUUACGGGGGUUGUAAAUCAAAUAAUAAUAAUUUCCCAACGGAAGAGGCCUGCAAACAGCAAUGUACGCAACCUGGUCGUAAAAAAGAUCACUGCUCUUUACCUAGAGCUCAGGGUAGUUGCACGGAAAGAAUCCCUCGCUGGUACUACGACAUGCCUGAAAAGAAAUGCUUACCCUUUUAUUAUUCUGGCUGUGAUGGUAAUAACAAUAACUUCAACAGUAGAGAAGCAUGCGAAACUGACUGUCCGAAAGAAAUCGAGAAAGACUUGUGCCAGUUAGCAGCUGAUAUCGGUACUUGUGGUAACUACACCGACCGUUGGUAUUACGACACAAGAGAAAAGACUUGUCGCCAAUUCUACUAUGGUGGCUGUGGCGGAAACGGAAACAACUUUGAAACACAGCAACAGUGCGAACAAAGGUGUACCAAGAGACGUGCCCCUGAACCACCGAAAGUACCAGAAGGGCAGUUUACCACAGAUAUGUGCUUCCUACCCAGCGAGCCAGGCAACUGCCGCGAAGCACAGUUGCGGUACUUCUACGACAGAACCGACGGUGUGUGUAAGGGCUUCACCUACACUGGCUGUAAUGGCAACAGAAAUAAUUUCGAGUCGGUUGAUCAAUGUUUGCAAAAUUGCGGAAACGCUCAAGAUUUGUGUAAACUUCCACCGGUUGUUGGUCCUUGCAAUUCCGAAUACGAACAAUUCUACUAUAACGAGCGCACAGAUUCGUGCCACCCCUUCAAUUAUGGGGGCUGUGAAGGCAACUACAACCGAUUCCCGGAUAAGGCAUCGUGUGAACAAAGGUGCAAGCGGAGUCCCCCGAGCCCGCAAUUCCCACAGACGCAAGCACCUCCUGUGCAACCGCCACCAAGCAGUGCCAUGUGUUACGAACAACCCGAUGCCGGAAACUGCACCGAUAAUCUCUCGGUCUUUUUCUUCAAUACAUCGUCUCAAACGUGUACUCCCUUCACCUACACUGGCUGUGGUGGUAAUGCUAAUCGCUUUAACAGUGAAGAGCAAUGCGAGAGGCAAUGUGGCAGAUUCAGAGGACAAGACGUUUGCACCAUGCCGAUGGACCGAGGCCCCUGCCGAGCGUACACCCCCAAGUACUACUACGACAGGGGUGUGGGUAGAUGUGCCAGCUUCAUUUACGGCGGCUGUGGCGGCAACGGUAACAGGUUUAGUUCGAGCGAAGAGUGCGAAAAGAUUUGUGUGACCCACGAAGAGGACCGAAGCAAUGUUACCAGUACUGCCGUCUGUGAAUUGCCCGUGGAUACGGGCUCCUGUCAAGAUGGCUACCACAAACGUUGGUACUUCGAUAAUGCACGUGGGGAAUGCAUUGCCUUCAUAUUUAGUGGUUGCGGCGGAAAUUUAAAUAACUUUAAAACCUUCCAAUCGUGUGUUACGUUCUGUAAAGAUUAUUUGACUGUUACUCAACCUCCGGUGGGCCCUCAAGACCAUCCGUGCCAAGCACAUUUUGACGAAUGCGCAACUCUGCGGUGUCCUUACGGUAUUGAAGCGUACGUGGACGAUAAUCAAUGCAAUCGGUGCCAAUGCCAAAACCCAUGUAGCACAGUCGAUUGCCCCCCGAAUUCUCAAUGUGCCAUCGAUAUCAACAGAAAUAAGACUAGUAGCGAAGAUCCCGACUUUAUUGCGAUCUGUCGGGAAAUCAACAAAAAUGGCCAAUGUCCGAUUUUGGGACACUAUGAACAGAAUAACUGCGAACAGGAAUGUAGGAACGAUGCCGAUUGUCCUUUCCACCUGAAAUGUUGCUCCACUGGUUGUGGUACUUCGUGCAUCGAACCAACAGUACCAGCUGAAUUGGUUACGCAACAGUACCAACCAGCUUACACAGAAGCACCAAUUCAAAGUGACUACUCUCCACCUAAAAUCGAUGUCCAAACGUACGAACCCGAAGUCCAGGGUCUUAUUGGCGAUCACGUAACGUUAAGAUGUGCCGUUACUGGAAACCCAACCCCUAAAAUAUCCUGGAAGAAGGACGACCUCUUGAUUGACGGUACUCAAGCCAAAUACAGGAUUAAGUUGGACCAGUCGUUGCAAAUCAUAACUUUGCAUAAGACCGACUCUGGUGUGUACUUGUGUACGGCCGAUAACAGCAUUGGUGAACCCAUAACUAAUAAAAUAGUGUUGAACGUCGUGGACGGUCCCCCGCGCCCUGCUACUGUGCUGGAGCCUGAGAGUCAACCCAACGUUGUUGUGUCACUUAACGCCCCAGCCACCCUCAAUUGUCUAGCCUUGGGCUAUCCCUUCCCUGCUGUCACCUGGUGGAAAGACGACAGUCUUAUCCCCCUAAAAACCAGCCAGUUUGAAGUACGCAAAGACUACUCUCUUCUUAUCCAUUCCGUAAAACUGUCAAACCUUGGGGUUUAUACCUGUCAAGCUUAUAACGGUGUUGGGAAAGCGGCCAGCUGGUCGGUUGCGGUCAAAGCGAGAGGUCCCUACCACAGUACCAAUCCCAAAGACCAGAAAUACUUGAAAUAUAUUGUUAACCCGCCUGAACUGCCCACCACCUCAGCUCCCCCUGUCUAUAGACCCACCUCUCCGCCGUACUUACCGCCAGCAAAUAACGAAAUCUUCCCCAACCGAGAGCCCGGCCCUGGACCUGCCACCUACUUCGUGCCCGUGAGAGCAAAUAUUACGACCGACAACCAGCGAUUCCCCGUAAAUUCGGAUAUUGUAAUUCCUUGCGAUGUGGAAGGAUAUCCAACUCCGCAAGUGCAGUGGUACAAGGACGGUAUCUCGUUAAGUCCAUCCGAGCGAGUCCACAUUUCAGAUAAUAACAAAUUGACGAUUUUACGAGCAACUAAAGCAGACUCCGGGGUUUAUCAAUGCGAAGCGGCGAAUUCCUAUUCGAAAGCCAGCAGCAGUCUCACAAUUCUCGUAGACGAAAUGUUCAUACAUCCGAACUGCAAAGACAACCGCUUCUUCGCCAACUGCAACCUUAUUGUUAAAGCGAAGUUCUGUUCGCACAAAUAUUACGCCAAGUUCUGCUGUCGAUCGUGCACAGAGGCCGGCUUACUACCAGUGGACGGCCCACACCUACACGACGACAAGCAGUCAGCACUCAGUUACAACUUAGUAUAAAUUUUAAAUUUAUUGUAAUUGCUAGUCUCAUUAUUUUGUUACGGAAGUAUUUCAGUUGACUAACAAAUUCUGGUAUUAGAGGACGUGUAUGCUUCUUGAUUUUUGUACUUAAUGUGUUUCCCGAACGCGUAAGCAAUUGUAGAUAUAUUUUUACAGUGUGUGCAAUUUAUUGAUGUAACUCUUGUAUGUAUAUAAAAUUUACGUUAAUAUUUUUAUAAUUUUUUUAAUGUAAAAAUGUGUUCAUUACAUCGUAAAAUUCAA